GCCGGGUUGCUUGUCUGGGCGGCGGAGGCUGAGCGCGACCGAAGCGAGCCGCGGCGCCCGCCGACCAGGGACAGGCGGGACUCCCGGAACCCCGCUUUGCUCAGCGCGGCCGCCCCCGCUUCACUGUCGCGCGGACGCUUCGGCCCGAGCCGCCCGGGCCACGAUUCUCCUCCUCUUCCUCCCGGAGGGGAAGGAACGGAGACGGCGGAGUAGCUGCUCCGGAGAGAGCAAGUCGAGGCCCUUGCCCCUGAGGCUCGGGACUGGAGGAGAAGGAGGCGGAGGCGGAGGGAAGUGCGCGUCAUUCCCGAGAGGAGAGUGUUUCACCUCCUGGCAGAGGCUGCGGCUGCCAGUUGCGUAAAAGCGGCAGCGGCGGCGGACCGGGGCUGGAGGGGCUCCCUGGCAAUGGAGGGAAGAUCCAGACCCUGGGACGCCAGGAGCUCGGCUCUGUCUCUUUGGACUGCUGUGUAGGCACCUGAAUUAGCCGACGCUAAGCGGGGGAGGGGAAGUGACAGUAUAUCAUGCAUGCCACUAAUUCCAGGGGCCACUCCCCUGCUUUCCUGCAACCUCAGAAUGGAAACAGCCAUCGCUCAUCUGGCUAUGUUCCAGGGAAGGUUGUCCCACUGCGUCCCCCUCCUCCUCCAAAGAGCCAAGCUUCAGCCAAAUUUACCUCUACCAGACCGGAAGCCCGGGCCACCUUUGCUUUCUCAUCUGAGGAACAACAAGCCCAGAGAGAAAGCCGAAAGCAGAAGAGGCACAAAAAUACUUUCAUUUGCUUUGCUAUUACUAGUUUUUCAUUUUUUGUUGCACUUGCAGUCAUUUUAGGAAUAUCCUCAAAAUAUGCUCCAGAUGAGAAUUGCCCAGAUCAAAACCCCCGUCUCAGGAACUGGGAUCCAGGACAAGAUUCUGCAAAACAAGUUGUUAUCAAGGAGGGAGAUAUGUUACGCCUGACCUCAGAUGCCACGGUGAACUCUAUAAUCAUUAAGGAUGGAGGACUGCUUGUAUUUGGGGACGAUAAAGAUGGAUCCAGAAAUAUUACUUUGAGGACUCGUUAUAUCCUGAUCAAGGAUGGUGGGGCGCUUCAUAUUGGAGCAGAAAAUUGCCGCUAUAAAUCCAAAGCGACAAUUGCCUUGUAUGGCAAGUCGGAUGAAGGUGAAAGUAUGCCAACAUUUGGCAAAAAAUUUAUUGGUGUGGAAGCCGGCGGGACACUGGAAUUACAUGGGGCACAGAAAGCAUCGUGGACGAUGUUGGUGAGAACUCUGAAUUCCUCAGGCUUGACCUUUGGCUCCCAUGCCUUUGAAAAGGACUUUUCCAGGGGCCUCAAUGUGAGGGUCAUUGACCAAGACACAGCCAAAAUUUUGGAAAUUGAGAGGUUUGAUACCCACGAAUACCACAAUGAAAGUAGGCGACUUCAGAAAUUCCUGAGAGACCAGGAUCCAGGACGGAUUGUUGCCAUAGCUGUUGGAGAUUCAGCAGUCAAAAGCCUCUUACAAGGAACCAUACAAAUGAUCCAGGACCGGCUGGGAAGUAAGCUGAUCCAAGGACUGGGCUACAGGCAAGCUUGGGCUUUGGUUGGUGUCAUUGAUGGUGGAAGUACUUCUUGCAAUGAAUCUGUGAGAAACUAUGAGAAUCAUAGUAGUGGAGGAAAGGCUCUUGCCCAAAGAGAAUUUUAUACUGUGGAUGGUCAGAAGUUCUCUGUGACAGCUUAUAGUGAAUGGAUUGAAGGUGUUUCUCUUUCAGGUUUCCGGGUAGAGGUUGUGGAUGGAGUGAAACUUCAUCUGCUGGAUGACGUUAGUAGCUGGAAACCUGGAGAUCAGAUUGUGGUCGCAAGCACGGACUAUUCCAUGUACCAAGCAGAGGAGUUCACUCUUCUCCCCUGUCCCAAGUGCAACCGCUUCCAGGUCAAAGUCAAAGAAACGCCUCAGUUCCUGCACAUGGGUGAGAUUAUAGAUGGUGUAGACAUGAGAGCUGAGGUUGGAAUUCUUACCCAGAAUAUUGUAAUCCGAGGAGAAAUGGAAGACUCAUGCUACGCUGAAAACCAGUGCCAAUUCUUUGAUUAUGAUACCUUUGGGGGACAUGUCAUGAUAAAGAAGAAUUUUACUUCAGUCCAUCUUUCUCAUGUGGAAUUGAAGCACAUGGGUCAGCAGCACGUGGGGCGGUAUCCUGUUCAUUUUCACCUGUGUGGAGACGUGGAUUAUAAAGGAGGGUACAGACAUGCAACAUUUGUGGACGGCCUAUCUAUUCAUCACAGCUUCUCAAGGUGCAUCACUGUGCAUGGGACAAAUGGCUUGCUGAUAAAAGACACCAUCGGAUUUGACACACUAGGUCAUUGUUUCUUUUUGGAAGAUGGUAUUGAACAGAGAAACACUUUGUUCCACAAUCUGGGACUCCUCACCAAACCAGGCACCCUACUUCCCACCGAUAGGAAUAACUCCAUGUGUACCACCAUGCGGGAAAAAGUGUUUGGAAAUUACAUCCCCGUGCCUGCCACUGACUGUAUGGCUGUUUCAACUUUCUGGAUUGCUCAUCCCAACAAUAAUCUGAUUAAUAAUGCAGCUGCAGGCUCACAGGAUGCUGGAAUAUGGUAUUUAUUCCACAAGGAGCCUACGGGGGAAUCCAGUGGAUUGCAGCUCUUAGCAAAACCAGAACUCACUCCAUUGGGAAUAUUUUAUAACAACAGGGUCCAUUCAAGUUUUAAGGCUGGCUUAUUUAUUGACAAAGGUGUCAAAACAACCAAUGCUAGUGCUGCUGACCCAAGGGAGUACCUCUGUUUGGAUAACAGUGCAAGGUUUCGGCCUCAUCAGGAUGCAGACCCUGAAAAGCCACGUGUUGCUGCUUUAAUUGACAGGCUCAUUGCUUUUAAAAAUAAUGAUAACGGAGCUUGGGUCAGAGGGGGAGACAUUGUCGUUCAGAAUUCAGCAUUUUCAGAUAAUGGAAUAGGACUGACCUUUGCCAGUGACGGAAGCUUCCCAAGUGAUGAAGGUUCCAGCCAAGAGGUAUCUGAAUCUCUCUUUAUUGGGGAGAGCAGGAAUUACGGAUUUCAGGGUGGUCAGAACAAGUAUGUAGGCACUGGAGGAAUAGACCAGAAGCCUCGGACGUUACCCAGGAACAGGACAUUCCCAAUUAGAGGCUUUCAGAUCUAUGAUGGGCCCAUUCAUGUCACCAGGUGCACUUUCAAACAAUAUGUGCCAACUCCAGAUAGGCAUACCAGUGCUAUUGGCUUCCUCAUGAAGAAUUCUUGGCAGAUAACCCCCAGGAAUAACAUCUCCCUUGUGAAGUUUGGUCCACAUGUGUCUCUCAAUGUCUUCUUUGGAAAGCCUGGUCCCUGGUUUGAAGAUUGUGAGCUAGAUGGUGAUAAGAACUCCAUAUUCCAUGACAUUGAUGGCUCUGUGACAGGAUACAAGGAUGCUUACGUGGGAAGAAUUGACAACUACCUGAUCCGCCAUCCAAGCUGUGUAAAUGUUACCAAGUGGAAUGCAGUGGUGUGCAGUGGGAACUAUGCCCAGGUCUAUGUGCAGACAUGGAGCACUCAGAAUCUGACUAUGACCAUCACACGAGAUGAGUAUCCAGCCUACCCUAUGGUGCUCCGGGGAAUUAACCAGAAGGCCACCUUUCCACAGUACCAGCCUGUGAUCAUGCUGGAGAAGGGCUACACCAUCCAUUGGAAUGGGCCAGCACCGAAGACUGCUUUUCUAUACCUCAUAAACUUCAACAAGAAUGACUGGAUUCGAGUUGGACUCUGCUAUCCGUCAAACACAAGUUUUCAGGUUACCUUUGGCUUUCUACAGCGGCAUAAUGGCUCAUUAUCCAAAAUGGAAGAGUAUGAGCCCUUGCAUUCGCUGGAGGAAUUGCAGAGGAAACAGUCUGAGAGGAAAUUCUAUUUUGACUCCAGCACGGGCUUGCUGUUUUUGUAUCUAAAAGCCAAAAGCCACAGGGAUGGUCACAGUUACUGUUCAUCUCAGGGAUGCGAAAGAGUCAAGAUCCAGGCAGCAACAGACUCCAAAGACGUCAGUAACUGCAUGGCCAAAGCGUAUCCCCAGUAUUACAGAAAGCCAUCAGCACUCAAGCCGAUGCCAUCCAUGCUCAAGGGACUCUGUCAAGGCUGCGGAACCCAUCAGGUGGUGUUUACAAGUGAUCCUCAUAAAAGCUACCUCCCUGUGCAAUUCCAGUCACCCAGUCAAGCAGAGACUCAGCGUGGAGACCUGUCUGUUAUUUCUAUCAACGGCACUGACUUUACCUUCCGAAGUGAGGGCGUCCUCCUCCUGAUUGUGGAUGCCUGCAGUGUUCCCUUCCGGUUGACGGAAAAAAAGGUUUUCUCUUUUGCUGAUGUCAGUCUCAUGGAAGAGUAUUUAAAAACAAGCAUCCCUCCAAGGUCAAUUGUCCUGUUGAGCACAAGAGGAGAGAUAAAGCAGUUGAAUAUUUCAGAUUCAUUAGUAUCUCUGGGAUUAGCCAAACCAGCCAAUCUUUAUAACAAAGGGAGUACCAUAUUUUUGGGAUUCAGUGGAAACUUUAAACCAUCAUGGACUAAGCUGUUUACUAGUCCUGCUAAAGAGGGCCUUGGGCUGCUUGAACAAUUCGUACCUUUGCAGCUGGAUGGAUAUGGUUGUCCCAGAGCUGGCACGGUCCGCCGAAGAGACUUGGAGCUGUUGAAGCAAACUUCAAAAGCACAUUAGAGACUAACUGUAACUUAGCUGGGGGAAAAAAUGUGAACUAACUUAUUUAAUUUAUGGCAUUUUAAAAUGACACUGUUAACCCAACAGAACUAUUUUCCUGUUUGAUACAGAAAGGGGAGAAAAGAAAGAAUUUAAAGUGAUUGCUUGAAUAUGGGCUCACGCACCUUCUAGUUGUACAAAAUGAUAAAGAAUUUAUUUGUAUUUGUUAGGCUGGUAUGUUUCAGAGAUCAGUUCUCUUAUUCCUCACCUCCCACUCCUGUGUUUUGUAGUGACCAUAAGCAGUGCUUCACCUUUUGUACAAUGGGAUGUCUUGGGGUAGGGAGGGGGCUUCUGAGAGUCAGCCUGAGUCCUUGAGAGGACCAGCUCUUGUAGCACCUUGGAUACUUGAAGUCUAAUGCUCAGUUGUGUUGUUGACUUUGGGUCAGCAGUUGACCUGCGUGGCUGGCAUGUUCAGGAAUGCCUUGGGCCCUGGUUCCAGGCAGCCUUUGAGGAUUUGGUAUGAUACUGAAUGGUAGAGUUUUAAGUGGCAACUCAGGCCCAGCUCAUGCCCUUUUUUGCCCGGACAUGUGCUAUUUUUAUUCAUUUGUAUAUUGAUUCCUUCUAAGGGUUCAACUUUCAAACAAGAAGUAUGGAAUAUAUUGGGACAAAGGGCUUUUAGGAGUUAGACAUCCCUUUAAUCUGUGACCAUUGGGCAAAAAUUUGACCUGCACCAUGGUCUGAUGUUGGUGGGACCAUUUUUGCAGCUUUAAUCUUUAGCCUGUUUUGACUGUAUAUUUGUAUUUAAAAUGCAGAGCUGAGCUAAAUAUUUACAUUUUUUAAAAAAAGAAGCAGGCCAUUUUCCUGAACUAUAAACUUGGGUCGGGCUUCCCUGGUGGCGCAGUGGUUGAGAGUCCGCCUGCCGAUGCAGGGGACACAGGUUCGUGCCCCGGUCCGGGAGGAUCCCACAUGCCGCGGAGCAGCUGGGCCCGUGAGCCAUGGCCGCUGAGCCUGCACGUCCGGAGCCUGUGCUCCGCAACGGGAGAGGCCACAACAGUGAGAAGCCCGCGUACCGCAAAAAAAACAAAAAAAAAACAAAAAUAAACUUGGGUCGUUUCAACUUGCACAAAGGAAGUCUGUUCUUGGAGUUUCUCCUGCACCCAGUUUUUUGUUGUUGUUGUUUUUGUGUGUGGGUUUUUUUUUUUUAAGCUUUACUGCUCACCAACCUGGCAGGACAAUUGCAGAAAGCUUAAUGAUACCCCCAAAAUAUUGUACUCAGGGGGAGAAAAAAGGGAGAGCCUUUUAAGGGCCAGACUCAUGGAGGGAAUAUUCAGAAACCUUUUUUUAGCCUUAGAGGAAUCCGUUACUCUUAACUAAACUGUUAGAGCCAAUUAAAAAAAGACACUGUGUUGCCAUAUUUUUCUUCCCCCUAGGUGCAUGCAUCUCCUGCCAGUGAGCACUGCAUGUGGCAAAAGAUUGGCGCCACAGCCUGGGAUGUCACCACACCAAGAGGAAAGAAGCAUUGUAAUGCCUUUACCUUUUCCUAAACCCACAAUGCAUGAAGUGUAGUGAAGGGAUGGCCAUGGCAAGACGGGAGGGAGUAUGUUCAGGUUGACUUUGGCAGUGAGUACAGACAAAUUCACUUUUCUCUACCAAGAGCAACAGCUGAUGGCCUGUCCUUUUAUGUCCAAGAGAAACUGCAGAGCAGCUCUGUGACUUCUAUUACUUUAUAAAAUAUGCUACCUCAAAGUGCUACCGAUAAACCUUUCUAACUGUAAGUGCUCUUGCUAAGGGCACAUGUCUUAAAGUUUAGGUUUUGGGGUGGUUUUUUUUUUUUGUAUAUCGAUGAAUGAAAUCUUACCUAUUAAAUAUAUUAUUGAAUCAUCAUUCCUCAAGGUGAUUAAAGUUUGUUUGUGUGUGUGUGUGUGUGUUUUAUGACCAAUAUCUUUUACAUGUGAUUUUUAGAGUUUGGCUCUUUAAAGAUUUGGAGAGGAUAUGUAUGUUCUAAGGCACUCAGUUUUUCUGAUUUAUGUGCUAAUGAUCAGGACCUAAGUUAAAUAAAUAAAAAUAU